GUUGGGGAUGGCCGGUAACCCCGGCCGGGGCAGAAGGAACGUGGUUGCCCUGUAGCUUCUGACUGCACCCGGCUUUGCGCGAGACAGGGACGCGUUUAUGCCGUGGGGGCGGGGGACGUUGGUUCUUGAUGGCACCGUGACCGGUCAAUGGCAAGUGAUGCCCCCGGUGUCCCAUCGCUGCCAUCGGCGCAUCCGGCUGAGAUGUUGCCGUCAGCACAUCCAUCCUGCUGGAGAGUCGUCCCAGCCCCUGGCAGAGCGGUCGCAGCGGGGUGGCCUCUGCCUGCCCUGGCCUCGCUGCCUUUUCUUGCCCAGAAAAGAGGAGCCGAUUGUCCCCACAACAGAUGCAACGCGCUGCAUCAUCCUGGUUGGGUUCUGGCUUCAAAAGAUCUGUCCGAACAAAAGCCUCUUCUAUCCCGUGCUCGUUGAGAGCACUAAGAGCUCUAAUGGUUGUCAGAACUGGGUUCCCACUUGCCCUCAAUUACAGGCCAUCUGUAAAUCCUCAGAAGUUCCUCAGGCUUAGAAUGGAAAGAGUGAAUACGUGAGAUUGUCUGGCCAUGGGAAGGAGAAGAUGCCUGCUGCACGGGUGCCAGUGCUGGCAGCAAGAUCACUGGAUCUCUUCUAUUCCAGGAGACAUGGAGGUCUAUUUGUGGUUGGAGCUACCUGACUAGAUAAAGUAUAGAUCAGUCUGCUGUGAAAGUACCUCCCAUGAGGAAGACUGCCUGAUGCUUUAGUUUGCUCUGAAUGUAUCAUGUUAUCAGAUAAGCCUUUUCAUGAAAUCAAAACCCAAACCCAGUAUUCUGGUUUCUGAGCUUGGCUUGGAAUUUUUUUAUCCCCUUGUCAAUUCAGGAAUAGAUUGAAGAAAACAUGGCCAAUCAACGGGAUUACAUUAGCAGACCUAUUUGCAAUGGGAUUUCUGUUCCUGAAAAUAAAAUCAAUUCCUUAGUGGCUGAAGGUCAUGGACAACAGAUUCUAAAAGUACUACAAAAGUUCAGAGAACAAAAUAUAUUUUUUGAUUUUAAAAUUGUUGUGAAAGAUGAAAUAAUUCCCUGUCAUCGUUGUGUACUGGCAGCAUGCAGUGAUUUUUUCAGAGCCAUGUUUGAAGUUAAUAUGAAAGAACAAGAUGAUGGCAAUGUUACUAUUAGUAAUCUAUCACCCAAGGCAGUGAAAGCUUUUCUUGAUUACGCUUACACAGGAAAAACAGAGAUAACAAAUGAUAAUGUGGAAAUGCUCUUCCAACUGUCAUCAUUUCUUCAAGUUUCACUCCUUUCCAAAGCUUGCAGUGACUUUCUAAUAAAAAGUAUUGAUCUUGUGAAUUGCCUACAGUUGCUUUCUCUAUCAGAAAGUUAUGGGUCCAUCCGCUUGUUUGAUCACGCGCUAGAUUUUGUACAGCACCACUUUUCAUUGCUGCUCAGAUCAAGUGAUUUUUUGGAGAUGAAUUUUGAAAUAUUACAAAAAUGUCUUGAGGCUGAUGAGCUAAAUGUCCCUGAGGAAGAAUCAGUGUUGAAAGCUGUCCUCCAGUGGACCAAACACAACUUAGAAACACGGCAGAAAUACCUGCCUAAUUUGAUUAAAAAAGUGAGACUACACCAGUUACCUGAAAAGACUUUGCAGGACUUUCUGCAUUCUGAAGAACACUUACUUAAGAGUGCUAAUUGCUCAGUAAUAAUCAGUGAUGCAGUUAAAAGUGUGCAGAACUUCAGUGGACUGUUUCCAGAUGCACGUCCUUCAACAACAGAAAAAUAUAUAUUUGUUCAUAAAACUGAUGAAGAUGGAGAAAACAGACAUACAUUCUGCUACAACAUCAAAACAGAUAAAUGGAAGGAACUACCACAUACACACAUGAUUGAUCUACCAGGGUCAAGUUUAUCUAGCUAUGGAGAAAAAAUAUUUAUAACCGGAGGAUGCAAGGGGAAUUGUUACAGGACUGUCAGGCUUCAUAUUGCUGAACCGUUUCAUGAUGCCACUGACCAAACCUGGUGCUACUGCCCAGUCAGCAAUGAAUUCUCCAUAGUGUCAGCUAUGAAAAAACCAAGGACAAUGCACACAUCUGUUGUAACCUUAAAUCAGCUCUUUGUAAUAGGUGGAAAGACCAGAGGAGCUCAAGAAACUCGAAGUCUUUUGGAUGUGGAAUCCUAUAAUCCUCUUUCCAAAGACUGGAAAUCUGUAAGUCAAUUACCAAGAGGUAUCUACUAUCCAGAAGCAAGUGCAUGUCAGAACAUAAUUUAUGUCCUUGGCUCAGAAGUAGAGAUUACUGAUGCCUUUAAUCCAUCCCUUGACUGUUUCUUUAAGUAUAAUGCCAUGACUGAUCAGUGGUCUGAGCUUGUAGCAGAAUUUGGGCAGUUUUUCCAUGCAACUCUAAUCAAAGCUGUUCCAGUGAACUGCACAUUGUACAUAUGUGAUCUCUCCACUUACAAAGUCUACAGUUUUUGCCCAGAAACCUGUGUUUGGAAAGGGGAAGGAUCUUUUGAAUGCGCUGGCUUUAAUGCAGGGGCAGUUGGGACAGAAGACAAAAUUUAUAUACUAGGUGGUGAUUAUGCUCCAGAAGAAAUCACAGAUGAAGUUCAAGUUUACCAUAGUAGUAGGUCUGAGUGGGAAGAAGUUUCACCAAUGCCAAGAGCCUUAACUGAGUUUUACUGUCAGGUCAUUCAAUUUAAUAAAUAUAGGGACCCUUGGUCACCUGUACUGACAAUUUGCUCUGGAGAAUUUUGAAACUCCUGAAUCAACAGAAUCUAUUUAAAUGCACAAGUUUUAGAACAGAUUUUUAAGUAUUCAUUUACAGAUGGAGAAAUAUGUACCUGUUUGUUUAAAUCUUCAGUUUAAAUUAUAUGUUGUAGGAUUGCUUUUGGAAGAGUCCAUUAACAUGUCAUUCAUGCUAUUUAUUAUAUAGAAAGUAUUAAUUUUCUAUACAACUCUUCUCUGUAAUUAAUAAUUUUGAAAAUUAUGUUACUUUUCAAAAAAGAAUAGUCAUGAGGAAUUCAUUGUGUAAUACGUGCCAUUAUGUCUGUAAUAUUCGCAGCUGUCCCAGUAGACAAAUUGCUAAAUGAGAAAAUUGACUGUGAUACUGUUUGCCCUAUGUAACUUAAGUUUAAAAGAAAUCUACAUUAGUUGUUGUUUUAUUUAGAUUUUUUAUAUUCAUAAAACUGUAAGAGGAAUUAAUUGUCAACUUUAUCUUAUCAGAAUGACCUUAGCAAGGGCAAGAGCCAAAGUGACCUUCACAGCAUUAAAACCAGGUACCUAACUUGAAGAGACUGAUAAUUGCUAUCAUCUUACUUCAGCUCUUCAGUUUUACCCGUUUUUCUCCAUCCUUGUGCCUUAGUAGUAGCUCUAUUUUAUGUUUCCAUCCCAUUACCUGUAGCAAGAUAAACUUCAAUAACAUACUGCAGAGUGGGCAAGAUUUCUACAGGAUGGAUGAUUCAUGUGAUAUCUUUGUUUCAGUCAUGUUGUUAACUAAAGAAAAAACCCUUCAGGAUGUUUUCUAACAGAAGUCUUCCAUCUCUGAAGUCUCCAAUGCUACCUACUAAGCAGUCACCAGGCUGCUUAUAGCAGCAAGCUGUAAAAUAAAUUAUAGUUGUUGCUUUGGUUAACUAUGGGAGAAGUUUGUAUCUUGUCAUACAUCAAAUACAAAGUUACAAAACUACACCUGUAUUAAAAGUCAAAGUAAAUAGUAUUUCUGAGGUAAAAAAUCUUCUGGAGUGGUUUAAAUGAAUUAAAACACUUGUACUUCAUGGUCAUUUUAAGUGUUAAAAUAUUACAUAGUAAACACUGCAUAAUAUAUUGCUUGAUAAACUUUCAGUAGUCAUCUAUUAUAAUGUUAAAAUUGUAAUGGACUUUUAGUAUUAAUAUUAAUCUAGGCAUACAUCGUGAAGUAAAUUUGAUCUCAUGCUUACAAAGGGGGCCCUCUUUCUGACAGGAGAACAGUGAAAUUAGCUAGGUUUCAUAAAUUCAUUUGUAAUCUUCUACAGCCUGAGAAUUUUCUUUUUGUACUAGGUACUCAAAUAAGACACUGAGAGCCCUUAUGUUCCUUAUAAAUAUCAUGUAAGCAGUAAGGUUGUCCUAUGCCAGACAGAAUGGUUCUAAACAUCUAAGCAUACCUUUUCCAAGCAGUUUAAAAAUUAAUAAAGUUUAGUGAGGCAUCUGAAACAUCUCUCAUAUGACUUGAGACGACUGUGCCAAGUUCAUUAUCACAUCACUACUGCAUGUACUUUUGGCAAAACUCAAGCUCAGUAUUAAUGCUUAAAGCUUAAUAUUGCCUAGAACAUACUUUUGUUUUAAACAGUAAACAAUGGAAUUCUGUGAUUAAUUCUAUAAUUUGUUAUCAGAUACCUUUAUAAAUGUACAUAACAUUCAUUUUAACUAUUUUCAUGAGUACAUAAAUUAAAGUUAUUCAGAUUUGGAGAACAUAUUAAUAGAGAAGAACCCUUCCACUCAAUAAUUCAUUUGUAUUAAGAUGCGUGUCAGUUCUGUAGAAGUAAAUAGCUGCUUGUUACAAUAUUUCAGGCAACUUCCACAUUUAUUUUGCUUUUUGCAUAGUAAGUCUCCAAAUCAUAUUGUAACUACAAUUAGCUAGGUAACCUCUACAAUCAUCUUAGGGAAAUGUAAAUAUUUUUAUAUUGGAACACAACUUUUUAUUAGUAGAAAGCAAAUGUAUUGAGUAGUAUUGAGUAGAGAGAGGAAGAAUACUAUUCCUGCUUACUGAAACUCUAGGAGAAAAAUAAGACACAUAGGAGAAGAGUAGUGUUAGUAUUAAUAAAAGCUACUCAGCACAGCUUAGAGACUUCAUUGACCAUUAAUUAUUGCAGCUUGUCACAUCGGAAUAUAAGGCCCAGUUCUCUUUUGCUUGUUUAUUUGUGUUGGUUUUAUACCUGAGUAUUGUGAGUAUGCAGUUUAUGCAAUGACAGAAGUAACAUACUAUACCCAUAGUACAUGGGUAUAAAUAGCUAUGCAAAUUGGAAGAGACUAGAGAAUUGCAAGGGUUUUUUAAUUGCCACUGUCAUGACCAAAUUGCUGGAUCACAUAAACAGCGAGUGAGUCAGUCAGUAAUUCAGGUAAUACUCUUUCCCCCAAGUUUUUUGUUACAGCAGCUUUUUUUGGCAGUCUUCCAUCCAGCUACUUGCUACAUAUAUUAAGACUCUAGCAUAGGACAUCAGACAGAGCAAUGACAUAUGAGAUAAAUUAGUGUAGAUAGUGAAAACUGAAUGAAGCUUAAUAUGGAAAAUAGACAUGCUUCUUUAAUAUUCUACACUACACUUGCACAGGAACUAAUGUCAGUUCCCAGUUUGACAGAUCAUUCAUGGAUUUCACAUGGAGUUGAGCUUUUUUACUCAGUGAUCAGGAAAUAGAGUAGUAGUGUCAAUUACUUUCCAGCAUUGCUUACAGAAAAGUUACUGUGAAAUAAGACUGGUUUUCUUCAGUUAGGCAAGGAAGCCUGUACUACAGAUCUCACAAAAGGAAAGAAGGUCAUUUGCCACAAUUCCACAGACAAAGUAUUAAAUCUGGUAGCAGAAUUGAAUGCAGAAGAAGCUGUAUUAGAAAGUUAUGGUUAAAAAUAAGGCUUUCUGAUAGAAUUAAAAGCCUAUAUUCCAAACCCUGUGAUUGAUUGCUAAAGAUGUAAGAAAUCUCAAUGAACUCAGCUACACUGACUAAUAUGGAUUAUUUGCAUGAAUAACUGCUGUAGGUCUGGAUCAAAUAGAUUUUUCAUUCUACUUUACACAGCUGUUAUGCAAUUUAAAAAAGGUCAGAAAGUCAGUACAAAGCAAGUUUUUCUAUAUCUUUUCUGACUUUUCAAAGCUCACAGUACUUUAUGAAAAAGUACCUUCCUUAAAAAAUAGUUGAUGACUAAUGAUUACCAAUGUUCUCACUGAAAUAGAGUAAGAUGUUUAAAACUAAUUGCAUGUAAAGUUAUAACUACUAUUUGCACUUAAACGAUGUAACCAAAACAUUUCUAAUAGUAUUCUAUUUUAUGUCACAGAACACAUUAUAAGCAUGACCAGUAUAAUAUACAUGGAGAUAAUAUAUAUUAUAUGUGGGAUUUUAAUAUCCAGUGAUGAUUAUAUUGGAUAAUCUUAAUUUUUAAAGAAUGCUGUCAAAACAUUUAGCACUUUGAUAAUGUUAUCACACUGGUUUAGUUGUUAAAAUAAAUAUCAAUUAUUCAGGUGUUGAUUAUGUUUGCACAGACCUGAUGAUUAUUAUUUAUUUACUAAUUUUUGGUUUUCUAUAUUCAAAAUACAUUUUUAGUAAGUCAGUUUAUUGCUGUUAAAAAUUUAUUAUAUGCACUAAAUGGAGUAGAUUUACCAGGUCAGACUUAUUUACGGUAUUACUCCAUGAAGAAAGCUGUUUACCUCCUCUGGUUAGUAUUAGGUAGUAGGCAAAGUAUAGGCUGUAGAACGUGCUGACUGCAGUUUGUAAUGUGGAGUAUAAUUGUAGAUGUUUCUGUUUGUAGGUGACCAACAGGAGGCAGCAUAAGAUCUAUUUUAAUUAAAACAGCCUGAAAACAAGGAUAUAUUUCACAUUAUAUAUACUUGACCAUUAUGCUCAAUUUACUUUUUUCCUUCUAACAUCCAAUAAAGCAUAGAGAUCACUACUAUUUUGCUGCUGCCUGGGCUCUGCUGAUAUGUGGAAAGUAUGAUACUACAUGUUUGCCAAGAUGUUCGUUUUUUUGUGAAUAAAAGCACUGAGCAA